UAAAUACUCUCUGCAAAGACAGGGCCGCCGCUAGGGCCACCUCUCUCGGCGCUCAGGAUGGCCACCGCCUGACUCUUUGACGCCAUUACCACUGUUAGCGGCAGCCAGGCCGCGGCGGCAGUACCAGCCCACAGCGCCACCGCGGGCUCACCGCAGCCGGACGCCGCCGGCGGAGAUUGCUCUGGUCCGCAGGAACACACGUGUGUAAAGCAAUGCUUACCAUCCACGGUACCAACAAGCUACAACUACUAUGGAAUGUUAUAUCCUGCAUGCUGCUCUUCUACGCUUUCUUCAAGUUUCAUUCACCGCAUAAGAUCCACCUUGGCAAAAAACCUUUCGACUUCACCAUAUCGGCUUCUAGGUUGUUGCAUGAGAUCCCCGCAAAUUCAAGACGUGUUCAGGACCUGAAUUACAGAAAGGUGGAUAAUGGAUGGAGGUUGGCAGAGAUUACCCAAAAUAUAACCAACAUUACUGGAUGGAGCAUUUUGAAGGAAGAAUUCACAUUUCCUGCUAGGGGUGCCCCUUUCAAUAGCUGUCAUGCUUCCACUAUUGUACAGAUUGAUGAAGGCAAUUUUUUGGUGGCAUAUUUUGGUGGAUACAUGGAAGGUGCUCCGGAUGUCAAAAUCUGGUUGCAGAGAUAUAGAGGUGGUCACUGGCAUCCUCCGGUAGUGGCUGAUGAGCAAUUUGGGGUGCCUAUGUGGAAUCCUGUUAUGUUUCAGCUUCCCUCUCGUGAGCUACUUCUCUUCUACAAGAUUGGUCAAGAAGUCCAGAAGUGGAGUGGUGCUAUGAAAAGAUCGCUGGAUGGUGGCAUAACCUGGUCACAGAGAGAGCAGCUACCACCUGGUAUCCUUGGUCCAAUUAAGAACAAGCCUUUCUUGCUUGAAGAUGGUCGCCUACUAUGUGGAUCAUCAGUUGAAAGCUGGAACUCUUGGGGUGCAUGGCUUGAGGUUACACAAGAUGCUGGGCGGACAUGGAGAAAGUAUGGCCCUAUAUAUUUGGAUGGACAACCACUUGGGGUGAUCCAGCCAGUUCCUUACCGUACUGCAAAAGGGGUUAUUCGAGUUCUACUGCGAUCAUUUCAGACAAUAGGCCGCGUCUGUAUGGCUGAUUCCUUUGAUGGUGGUGUGACAUGGAGUUUUGUGCGAGGGACUCAGCUUCCAAACCCAAAUUCUGGUAUCGAUGGAGUAAAGAUGAAGGAUGGAAGAGUGGUGCUUGCCUACAACACCUUCUCCAGAGGAACACUCAAACUUGCGGUCUCCUUGAACGAUGGUGAUUCUUGGAACGAAGUGAUGACAUUGGAGGAUACCAGUGGUAUGGAGUUCUCAUAUCCUGCAGUGAUCCAGACCAUGGAUGGUCUCAUACAUGUGACAUACACAUACAACCGGACGCAGAUUAAGCAUGUUGUUAUUAAGCCUGGUGCCACAGUGAAGUGAGUCUGCAACUACGGGAUGAUUAACCUCGAGGAACUUAAAACUUAUCCAGCAACUUUGUCUGACCAUUACAUCAUACAGGCUAGACUGCCUUUUAUUUCGCUUCUCAGUUGUUGCUAAUGAAACGUUUUCAACUACAUUUUAACAGAAUAUUUUCGAGGCACAAAUUAUACUGUAAGAAAUCGCUAAAGAUACGUUUGAAAUGGAAAGAUUGACCGGCUAUGGCUAGUUUUGGUUUGCUGCGAGGCAUUUGGCAUACCAAACUUUUUGUUCAUUGGGGUCCGAAGAGUGUUGUUGACUCAAUUUCUUGCCAAUUUUUGGUAUAGUUGUGAUGGACACAAAAACUGGCCUGCCACACUUGUGGCAACCUAUGAACAAUCAGGAGUUAUAUUUGGAAGUAUUUAUUAUUGUUAUAGUGAAUAUGGUGAAUAAUGGACACUUCAAUAUCAGAGGAAGA